AUGGGGUCAUUGAAAGCUUUACAGGAAUGGUGUCGCAUAAAAUGCGAAAAUUACCCCAAUGUGGAGAUAAGGAACAUGUCUUCUUCAUUCAGAGAUGGACUGGCGUUUUGUGCCAUAAUCCACAAACACCGACCUGAUUUGAUGUAAGUAUAUAAAAUAAGUUAGAAUAGGAAUGUGAGCUCUCCUGUGAGCUUCCCCAUCCUCUCUACUACUGCGGGCCAUCACUGGCACCAAGUCUCCCACACAAUCCUACCCUUGUAGCUCUGCCCCAGUCAGUGUGUGUGUUGAAUGUGAGUAGAUUGUUGACAGUAGGCCUAUAGGACGCACAGUCAGACUCAGUUCCUGCCUGUCCUUAGGCUGAUCCAGACUCUCUAAUCUGUAGCUGUAGCAGGGACCUGAAUGCUGUCACAGUGGAUUUGUCUGCCCUGACACACGGAACCACAGCAUGGCCUAAGCUCCAAGUUAACUCUCCUUAAUCUUCCUCUCGCUCUAUCCUUUCCUCUCCCCCCUCCAUUCUUUAAUGGAAACGUCUCUAAUGUUAAACAUGUAAAGUGUGGUGUACCGCAGGGCAGCUCUCUUGGCCCUCUACUUUAUUUUUUAUUUUUACUAAUGACCUGUCACUGGCAUUAAACAAAGCCUGUGUGUCUAUGUAUGUUGAUGAUUGAACCCUUCAUGCGUCAGCAACCACAGCUAGUGAAAUCACUGGAACCCUAAACAGAGAUUUGCAGUCAGUUUUAGAAUGGUUGACCAGUAAUAAACUAGUCCUGAACAUCUAUAAAACUAAGAGCAUUGUAUCUGGUACAAAUACAAAAAGUUCUAGACCUCAACUGAAUCUGAUAAUCAAUAAUGUGGCUGUUGAGCAAGUUGAGGAGACCCACUUACUUGGUGUUACCUUGGAUUGUAAACUGUCAUGGUCAAAACAUAUUUAUUCAAUGGUUGUGAAGAUGGGGAGAGGUCUGUCCGUGAUAAAGAGAUGUUCUGCUUUUUUGACACCACACUCCACAAAGCAAGUCCUGCAGGCUCUAGUUUUAUCUUAUCUUGAUUAUUGCCCAGUCAUAUGGUCAGGUCCUGCAAAGAAGGACCUACAAAAACUGCAGCUGGCCCAGAACAGAGCGGCACGUCUAGUUCUAAACUGUAAUCAGAGGACUAAUACCAAUACUAUGCAUGCCAGUCUCUCUUGGCUAAAAGAAGAGGAGAGACACUUCUUGUUUUUAUAAGAAACAUUAAUGUGUUGAAAAUUCCAAAUUGUUUGCAUAGUCGACUUACACACAGCACUGACACACACACUUACCCCACCAGACAUGCCACCAGGGGUCUUUUCACAGUCCCCAAAUCCAGAACAUAUUCAAGAAUAUGUACAGUAUUAUAUAGAGCCAUGAUUGCAUGGAACUCCCUUCCAUCACAGAUUGUUCAAGUGAACAGCAAACCUGUUUUAAAAAACAAACAAACAGAUAAAGCAACACCUCACGGCACAACGCCUCUCCUCAAUUUGACUUAGAUAUUGUGUAUUUAUUGUUAUGUAGGCUGUGUGAUGUUUUACAUUUAUGUAGUUCUGUCCUUGAGCUGUUCUUGUCUAUUAAUGUUCUGUAUUAUGCUAUCGCAGCAGCUAAUGGGGAUCCUAAUAAAAUACCCAUUCCCUCCCUCCUCUUCAUUACAUCCCAGUGUUGUUGGUCAAAUUAUUAUUUAGGGGUCUGUGAUGGCCCAUCAUUUGUAUCACAUAGUACUAUUCUGCUUUUACUCCAGAGACUUCAACUCCCUCUCCAAACAUAAUGUUUAUGAAAACAAUCAUCUGGUGAGUUUUACGUAAUUAUGUUUUACCUGCAUGCAUGACUAACUGUCUCAACGCAUGUUUAUGUUCAAACAUUGCACUACAUCUGUUUAUAUUGUCCUAUCUGUCUGGCAUUUAAUUAUUGCUCCCUGUCUCCUACCAGGCAUUUGAGGUGGCACAGUCAAAGCUGGGCAUCCCUGCAUUGCUGGAUGCUAAGGACAUGGUGUCCACAGAGGUGCCAGACCGGCUAAGUGUCAUCACUUACCUCUCCCAUUACUACCACUGCUUCAACAAGAAGUCUCAUGGUGUGUGGCUAAUUGUGUCAUAGUCAAAUUGGGAAAACAGCACAUGCUGGGUUGGUUCCUCCUGUGUUUGUUUGUCAAAUGUGUGUAUAUUCAAAAUGUGCAUCUUUACUAAGCAGCCAGUCCAGCCAGUUUGAAGACGCCAUGUGUCGCAGAGUGCUCCAGUCACUCCAAGAAACAACCUGACUCUCCUGGAGGUUUAGAGCCAUCUAAGGUAAUGUAAUAAAGUUGUAAUGAAGCCAUUUUUAUUAGAUUUGUAUUUAUUUAUUAUUACUUGAUCUCAACUCUGUCCACAAAGUUAUAUAUCUCAAUCUCCUCUUUCUUCCCAAACUCUCACAUUUCUUCUUCUUUACUGUUGCCUUUGGCUGACCUCACCCGCUCAACAGUCAAGGACAGAGGAGCGAUCCAUCAGAGGCAGGCCAUGCAGCAUUUGUGCCUCCUGCACGAAGCACGUCCACCUGGUGCAGAGACAUCUCACUGAGGGGAAACUCUACCACCGCAGCUGCUUCAAGUAACAGCACUGCUCAGAAGGCAACGCUUAUCCUUAUCUGCAGACAGUGAAAUAUCAUCUGUGAUUUGUGUCCCUCUCAUGUCAUCCUGUGUUUCUCUUUCAGAUGCAGUGUGUGCAGCAACACUCUCUUACCAGGGUCUUACAAAGAGGGGAGUGAAGUUGGCUCCUUGGUCUGCAUCCACCACUUGACAGCCAGUCAAAAUGCCCGCUCCGACUACAGUAAACAAACUGGAUCAACAGAGAAUCUACACAAAUUAGAUGAGCAGGAGGUGACACUAUCUCAGGGUGGAUUUACAGACAACCCCGAUCUCCCUCAUUUUAUUGGAAAAACAGACUCAGGUGAGACAGUUAUUUGUGGAAGAGGAGAGACAGAGACGGAGGGAGGUGAGAGAAAGACAAGGCAAGACACACUCAAGAAGCCAAGGCCACCCCGUCCUCCAAAGCCCAUUGUAGAAGAGGGAACACUUGAAGAUGCAGGGACACGGCCCAUUCAGACAACAGAAACAAAGAGCCCAGAUCCCUGUGGAAGCCCUGGACGGCCAGUACCUGCACCCAGACGGGUGUUAGACUCCACCCCUCCUCGUCCUGCACCCAGAACCCGUCUACCUAAAGCCUCUGUUCAUCUCCCUCUCUCUGCAGGUUACCCAGUUGAUAGAAAGACUUUACCCAAUCCUUCUCGCAGGUGAGUUUGUUCAUCAGACAUAACACAUUAUGUAACUUUGAGUAGAAUUGUCCAAUGAAUGCUUAUUUAUUUAACUUUUGACAUCAGGUUUGGCCAACCCAGUGGGCCCCGUAAACCCAAAGACCCACCGUGGCUGGAGCUUGUCCAGCCAGGGCCCUGGCCCAAGCUGCCCCCUGCCCCGCCCCCUAGUAUGCCCAAGCCCCCACGCUCAGGCUCUAUACCCUCCCUCAGAGGGAGUUGGUACAGAGCGAGAGAACCCCCUCCCAACCCCUUUGGGGAGUUUGAGGAUGAGGAGGCUGAUGAUGAUUACACAGGGGAAGAGGGCACAAUGAGAGGUGCUGAAGGCCAAGCACAGCCCUCAAUGGUAACCAGCCAGACAUGGUGUGGUACCAGUCAGUUAGCUGAAGCAGCCAGCUCACAUUGCCAAGCUAAUUUAGAGGACACAUCCAGAGAAGUUGACAAGUCUAAUCUUGCUGGAGCAAAUGGCACAGUAAAUUUACCUGAAAUUGCUAAUGCACCAAAGGUAGACAGUUUAGCUGAAGCAGGAUGCUCACGUCCUGUAUCUAAUUUAGCUGAAGAAGCUGGUUCAACUGGUAUAUCUGAGUCAGCUGAUGUUGGUGGGAUAGCGAACAUGGCUGAAGCAGCUGGCGCACUUGAUGUAUGUAAUUUAGCAGAUGUUGGAGUUGGAGAAUCAACCAACUUGUCCAAAGCAGCUAGUUCACUUGAUGUAUCUAAUCUAUCUGAAGUAGCCAGUUCACUUGGUGUAUCUGAUCUAGCUGGAGCUGGUGGGUUAGGAGGUUUAGUUGGAGCAGUUAGUGCACCGAACAUAUCUAAUUUAACUGAAGAAGCUAGUUCAUAUGGUGUUUCUGAAGCUUCUGCCGAUUCACUUAGUGUGUCUAAUUUAGCUGGAGCUGAUGGCAUAUGCAGUGUAACUGGAGCACCAAGUGCUCUUGGCAAAUCAGAUAUAGCCCAGAGCCUCUCUUUGCCCAAGAGUGUGUCUGUGCCAGCAAUCUCCACUAGUCUUAGUUCCGCCUGUACUCAAAGCCACCCCCCACCAACCUUGUCAACCAAUGGAGCAGCAGCCAGUCCCUCCCUGCUCAGACCCCCAUCGCUCCCUAGUGUGUCUGAAGUGAGUGACUGUGACCAGGUGCCCACCCCCUCUCACAGUAAGGUAAGGUAAAAUGCUGCUCUUUCGUAUCCACUGAUAUCUACAGUGGGGAAAAAAAGUAUUUAGUCAGCCACCAAUUGUGCAAGUUCUCCCACUUAAAAAGAUGAGAGAGGCCUGUAAUUUUCAUCAUAGGUACACGUCAACUAUGACAGACAAAUUUAGAAUUUUUUUCUCCAGAAAAUCACAUUGUAGGAUUUUUAAUGAAUUUAUUUGCAAAUUAUGGUGGAAAAUAAGUAUUUGGUCACCUACAAACAAGCAAGAUUUCUGGGUCUCACAGACCUGUAACUUCUUCUUUAAGAGGCUCCUCUGUCCUCCACUCGUUACCUGUAUUAAUGGCACCUGUUUGAACUUGUUAUCAGUAUAAAAGACACCUGUCCACAACCUCAAACAGUCACACUCCAAACUCCACUAUGGCCAAGACCAAAGAGCUGUCAAAGGACACCAGAAACAAAAUUGUAGACCUGCACCAGGCUGGGAAGACUGAAUCUGCAAUAGGUAAGCAGCUUGGUUUGAAGAAAUCAACUGUGGGAGCAAUUAUUAGGAAAUGGAAGACAUACAAGACCACUGAUAAUCUCCCUCGAUCUGGGGCUCCACGCAAGAUCUCACCCCGUGGGGUCAAAAUGAUCACAAGAACGGUGAGCAAAAAUCCCAGAACCACACGGGGGGACCUAGUGAAUGACCUGCAGAGAGCUGGGACCAAAGUAACAAAGCCUACCAUCAGUAACACACUACGCCACCAGGGACUCAAAUCCUGCAGUGCCAGACGUGUCCCCCUGCUUAAGCCAGUACAUGUCCAGGCCCGUCUGAAGUUUGCUAGAGUGCAUUUGGAUGAUCCAGAAGAUGAUUGGGAGAAUGUCAUAUGACCAAAAUAGAACUUUUUGGUAAAAACUCAACUCGUCGUGUUUGGAGGACAAAGAAUGCUGAGUUGCAUCCAAAGAACACCAUACCUACUGUGAAGCAUGGGGGUGGAAACAUCAUGCUUUGGGGCUGUUUUUCUGCAAAGGGACCAGGACGACUGAUCCGUGUAAAGGAAAGAAUGAAUGGGGCCAUGUAUCGUGAGAUUUUGAGUGAAAACCUCCUUCCAUCAGCAAGGGCAUUGAAGAUGAAACGUGGCUGGGUCUUUCAGCAUGACAAUGAUCCCAAACACACCGCCCGGGCAACGAAGGAGUGGCUUCGUAAGAAGCAUUUCAAGGUCCUGGAGUGGCCUAGCCAGUCUCCAGAUCUCAACCCCAUAGAAAAUCUUUGGAGGGAGUUGUAAGUCCGUGUUGCCCAGCGACAGCCCCAAAACAUCACUGCUCUAGAGGAGAUCUGCAUGGAGGAAUGGGCCAAAAUACCAGCAACAGUGUGUGAAAACCUUGUGAAGACUUACAGAAAACGUUUGACCUGUGUUAUUGCCAACAAAGGGUAUAUAACAAAGUAUUGAGAAACUUUUGUUAUUGACCAAAUACUUAUUUUCCACCAUAAUUUGCAAAUAAAUUCAUUAAAAAUCCUACAAUGUGAUUUUCUGGAUUUUUUUUCUUCUCAUGUUGUCUGUCAUAGUUGACGUGUACCUAUGAUAUGAAAAUUACAGGCCUCUCUCAUCUUUUCAGCUCAACCUGCCCAAAAUACAGAACUUAUAAGCUUGUAUUACACAACACAUAAAUGUUAUGCAAAGAUAUCAGGUUAAGUGAGUUUCAGACUGAAACUAUUUUCCAACAUGUUUAACAUAUAAGACAACAUGUUUUUCUAAGAUUCCUGCAUAACAACAUCUUCCCUGUACUGUAGGUUGUAGCCUAGUCAGGAUAGCUGCUUGUACUGUGUGUGCUUGAAUAUUACAAUUGUGCAUUUCACAGAAAUGUCUUCAAUCUCCAAUUUAGCAGGUGUGUAAGGAGAACCCUUUCAAUCGUAAAGUCUCCCCCUCUGAGUUCCCCAAAUCCAAGCCUGCCCCUGGACAUGGCUUCCCCCUCAUCAAGAGAAAGGUGAGAGGAUAUCUCAGUGUAAUGAAAUUAACCCAUUAUCCAGUGUUUUCUCCAAAUCAGAACAGUCCCCUAGUACACAUGCAUGUCUCCUCAGGUGCAGACAGACAACUAUGUCCCAGUGGAGGAGCUGCAGAUGGAGCUGGGGGAGCUGGAGAAACGAAUGGACAGGCUGGAGUUGAGAGGGGUGGAGAUGGAGAGAAGCUUGAGAGACUGCCCGAAUGGUGAGUGUCUGUAGUUGUAAGUGUCUGUAGUGUACACGGCAAUGGAAUAGUAUUUUUUGUAACUGUAAUGUAUUGUACUUAUUAUUAACAUCCAAGUAAUUAUUCAGGUUAUCAUAUAAAGUGUUGUUGUGAGAGAUUAAUUGUUAUUGAUAAGACUAGUGUCGUCCACCUGUUUGUUUCAGACCAGCAAGAGGAGGACAUGUUGGUGGACUGGUUCACUCUAAUACAUGAGAAACACAUGCUUGUGCGCAGGGACGCAGAGCUGGUGUACAUGUAAGUGCACUGACCUGAAAUUAUAUCAAAGCAAGACAGCACCUUCAUAACACCUUUAUUAUCUCAGCUUCUUUUAUCAUUCCCAACAAAUGGACGGUGUCUCAGACAUAAGUGUGUGUGUUGUAAAUGAAAUAUUUAUGGACCUGAUGUGUUUGUAUGUGCACUCCAAGGGCCAAGCAACAGAAUUUAGAGGAGAGACAGGCAGACGUGGAAUAUGAACUGAGAUGUCUCCUCAACAAGCCAGGUGAGUGGCCAGUCUUCACACAACCCUGCCUCAAUUAUCUACUACUCCUCAGCAAUUAUCAUUCUGCUAUUAUUAAUAAUGUGUUAUGUGUUGUUCUUUGACUAAUCUAAUUGUUUGUCUCUCCUCGUCUCCUCCUCCAUCAUCAUCCCCCCAGAGUGUGAGUGGAGUAAGGAUGACCGUAGUAGGGACCAGCAGUUGAUGGAGGAGCUUGUCACCAUCAUUGAACAGAGGAACCACAUCAUCAACAGCUUGGAUCAGGACCGGCAAAGGUGCAUGAAAAACUCAUAGAUGAAUACUGAGGGCCAUUGAUUCAGACAAAUUUCAUAAAGAAGUUAAAUGAUGCUCUUGCUCAUACCUACCAAUGGUUUGUAUUUUUCAGGGAAAAAGAAGAAGAUGUGCUGUUUUCCAUGAUAAAGAAGAAAGGUGAGGGGAAAGUAUUUUCCAAGAGUGUUUAUUGUGUUGUUGUCUUUACUGUUUUCCUGUGUCUGUUCACACUGUCUUUCAUUCCUAUUGUCUUUCAUUCCUAUUCCCUCAAUACUACACCUCAGACUCCUUAAUUUCUCAGAAUUUGACCAUGGUAUCACUAUUUCUCCAUCCUCAGAUUUUAAAAAAGAGUCUGGGAAAGACCUGAAGAUGUUAAGAGCAAAGUUCAAGCCCAUGAAGGUGCUGAAGAUGCUGAGUCAUAAAGACUCUAAGAGCAAAGGCUCUCAAAAGAAGAACUGA